GAGAGAGAGAGAGAGGGGGGAGUGGAAAGGAAACGGAAAAGACGAAACACACACAAUCCUCCUAAUUUCAAAACCCCGGACUGUGCAGAAGAAAAGACAACUCGCUGAAAAAAAUUACACUUCUAACCACCUAUUUAUUUGUCAAUCUACCCUCCCUUUUACUUUUCCGUUUUUUCUGUCCUUAUUAUCAGUCGGUGGUAGAUUGAACUCCCCUGCUCUACUCAGUAAAAGGUCCCAGUGUUCGCUGGAGCAGAGAUGCCCCCCCAGCCGGAGGUGAGCACACAUUUCCGGGACUUCCUCAAGAGUUUUCUCGGCAUCAUCCGAAUUCUCCAAAUCCUAUUCGGAGCUGGACUAUGGGUCACAAUCGCCGCCAACAAAUACGAAGGCUCCAUCCACUUCGUCCUGUUUGUGGCAGUCCUCUUCUGGCUCCUCACCCUCGCCGCCUUCUUCAUCACUCUCCUGGACAAGAAGGACCUCGUCCCCAUUUUAGGAGGGGACCGGUGGUUGCUUAGCAACCUUCUUCACGACAUCGCGGCCGCAGUGCUUUAUCUACCGGUGAUCGGCGUCAUGAUCUACAAAACGGAGCGCUACGCAUACUGCAACCUGGAGCAAUACAAACACAACUGCCUGUAUAAAGUCUACCUGGCUGCCACUGUGUUCGCAUGUCUGGGCGCUGUGGUGUAUCUUGUCUCCGCGGUGUAUAUGGGCUGUAGGAAGUGCCGGGGUGAGCAGACGGUGGUUUGAGAGAGGAGGGAGGACAGAGGGGAACAGAGGGAGGGAUAGGGCAGAGGACUGGUGGAGGGAGGCAAGAGCUUUCCCUGGAUAGGGGAGAGGACACGGGUGGAGAGGGGGUCUUUUAUGUCCUCCAAAACUGAGUGUCUUCUUGGCUCAAACUCCUACAGGUUUGUCCAUAUUCUGUUCUGUAAUUUAAUGUCCGUAUCAUUUCAGUAGCUUACCAAAGUAUAUAUUUUAUAUUUUUAUCUGUGUGUUUUUUUUGUUGGACUAUAAUACUUUUUUGGUAGGCCUACUCCAGUUGUUUUGUUUUGACUGACAACAACAUUCCAAAGCUCUUAGAUUGUCCAGUCCAGGCAUGGGCGUGUCAUCUGUGCCUUUACAAACACCAUGGGCGUGUCAUCUGUGCCUUUACAAACACCAUGGGCGUGUCAUCUGUGCCUUUACAAACACAUACCUUAUGCUUUGCAGCCUACAACAAGCUGUAAUAGCAAGGACAUGAGAUGAUAUGCCUUUGAUAUGAAAAUAACUAUACCAUAUUUGUUGCUAAUGUUUUUAAGUGUUCUUUUAGCAAGAAUGAAUCCUUGUCUAUAUCAAAAACAAAACCAAGUCUGUUCCUAAUUAAAGUGUCCUUCAUGUUAAGACCAAAUGUUGAUGCAUUAAAACCAAUGUCAGGGUUA